AUGUACUACAGAUUUAAGAACACCCAUUCUCCACCUCCACCUCCAUCUCCACUUUUAAGAACGUCAUGGAGGGAGAUAACUUGGGGAGACAACAGGAACGUUCUUCAGUACUUGAAGAAUUUUAGGCCUCAAAGUGAGGAGGCAAACCACAUCAGAGUCCUGCUGUACGGCCCAGUCGGUGCUGGGAAGUCCAGCUUCAUCAACUCUGUCAACAACGUCCUGCAGGGCAGAAUGACCCAUGAAGCUCUGGCCAGUUCCACAACCUCUGAUCAAAGUUUCACCAAGAUUUAUCAAACCUAUAAAAUCAAGAAAGAAGGCAGAGGAAACUUUUAUCCGUUUGUGUUCAAUGACAUCAUGGGUCUGGAGGACGGACAUGGAAGAGGAGUCAGAACAGACGACAUCAAACUGGCCUUGAAGGGACACGUGAAGGAAGGAUAUAAGUUCAAUCCUGUAUCUUCUCUUUCUGAUGGUGAUCCUGGCUACAUCUCUUCUCCAUCCAUCAGUGACAGAGUUCAUGUUCUGGUCUGCAUCUAUGAUGCUAAUGCGCCACAAAUGAAUCAGUCUGUUUUACAGAAGAUGAGGGAAAUCAGAGAAGCAGCCAGUGAGCUGGGAAUCCCUCAGCUGGCGAUUCUCAGCCACGUUGAUAAAGCCUGUGGUGAAACAGAAAGAGAUCUGAAAAACGUCUACAAGAGCAAACAUUUAAAGAGAAAGAUGGGUGACUUCAGCUCCAGCCUGGGGAUCCCAAUGAACUGCAUCCUCCCAGUGAAGAACUACAGUCUUGAAAUUCAGCUGAAUUCAGACAUCAACGCUCUGAUCCUGAGUGCUCUGAAGCUGAUGGUUGACUUUGGAGACGACUAUGCCGACAAACUGUGAAGCUGCAGAACAGUGUGUGGAGAUGUGCAUGAAAAUCACAGCAGUAAUGUUGGUCAUGCGUAUCACUAUAUACUGUAGUUGUUGAGAAGAGCAUAGCGGUUGAGCAGGAACCAAGUAUGAAGUUUUCUGACCUUUACACAUAUGUUUCCUGCUUUUCUCUCUCAGCCAUUUUCUGUUAAAAUAAGCCUUUUGGUGAAAUAAGGAAUAAUUAAAGGGACAAUGUGCUUUUACAAUUGUAACGUUGGUCAGUCGGGAAUAGAUUUGCUAAAAAUAAACAGUUAUCUUAGUUUCACCCUUCACCAAUAUUCCAUUUUAUCCAUUUUACUUUUCUUGUAUAUUGAUAGAAAAAGCAACACAUUUACGCUCAUUUUGUUAAAUGAACAAACUUUUUGUUACAUUAAGUUCUUUUGUAUUUUUUUUUUUUAAAAAACGUCAGUCCUCUGGGAAAACAUAACAUUGUUUUUAGACCUAUGAUUGAAUUGUAAUGCGUUUGGUUGAUGAAUGCAUUUACAUCCUGCGUAUCACUUUCCACUUUGAGAAAAGUCGGCACCAAAGUUUUCACAGCGGUUUCAGGUCAACAUUUCACACGUGUUUCUAUUGUUGGCUCAUUGAUCAUAGAACAUUUGGAAAGCGAUCUAUAAAUGUGUAUGAUGGUCAUAAAA